AUGUCUGUGUGGAAGUGCCCCGUGCCUGCUCUGCCGAUGCUGCCCCAGUGGAAACAACUCCACCAUAACCAGGCUGAUUUAUGCCUUCUUUUUACUCCUUGGUGUGAGCGUUGCCUGCGUGAUGUUAAUACCAGGAAUGGAAGAGCAGCUGAAGAAGAUUCCUGGAUUUUGUGAUGGAGGGAUGGGCACCAGUAUUCCCGGCGUGCAUGGCCAUGUGAAUUGCGAUGUGUUGGUCGGUUACAAGGCAGUGUACCGUGUGUGCUUCGGUAUGGCCAUGUUCUUUCUUCUCUUCUCCUUACUGAUGAUCAAAGUGAAGAGCAGCAACGACCCACGAGCAGCCGUGCACAAUGGAUUCUGGUUCUUUAAAUUUGCCACAGCCCUAGCAAUUAGUGUUGGAGCCUUCUUCAUCCCGGAGGGACCUUUUACUACUGUGUGGUUUUACGUAGGCAUGGCUGGAGCCUUCUGCUUUAUUCUUAUUCAGCUGGUCUUGCUUAUUGACUUUGCUCACUCCUGGAAUGAAUCUUGGGUCGAAAAAAUGGAGGAAGGAAACUCAAGGUGCUGGUAUGCAGCUCUGCUGUCUGCUACAGCUGCCAAUUACCUGCUGUCUCUUGUGGCUAUAGUGCUGUUUUAUGUUUAUUACACUCACCCAGACGGCUGCUCUGAAAACAAGGCGUUCAUCAGUGUCAAUAUGCUGCUGUGUAUUGGUGCCUCUGUGAUGUCCAUUCUGCCAAAGAUUCAGGAAUCGCAGCCAAGAUCUGGUUUGCUGCAAUCUUCUGUGAUCACAAUUUAUACAAUGUAUUUGACCUGGUCAGCAAUGACCAAUGAACCAGAUCGACGCUGCAACCCCAGCCUGCUGCGCAUCAUUGGCUAUAACACCACCACGACGCCAGCCCCGGGCCAGGUGGUUCAGUGGUGGGAUGCCCAAGGAAUCGUAGGACUGAUUCUGUUCCUGUUGUGUGUUCUCUAUUCGAGCAUCCGGACAUCCAACAACAGCCAGGUGAACAAGCUGAUGCUGACGAGCGACGAGUCCACCCUCAUCGAGGACGGCGUCCCCCGGAGCGACGGCUCCCUGGACGGCGACGACGACGUGCACCGAGCCGUCGACAACGAGAGGGACGGCGUGACCUACAGUUACUCGUUCUUCCACUUCAUGCUCUUCCUGGCGUCGCUCUAUAUCAUGAUGACGCUCACCAACUGGUACAGGUGA